AUGGAAGCCACAGCACCAAACGUGGAAGAUUUAGCAUUAACUCCAAAGGAAGAGAUAAAAUUUUAUCUGGACUCAGACAUUCAGAUAGUAAUUGCUGAAUUAAGAAUAUGGCAGUCAAAACUGAAAGCAGAUAAUAAAAAUCCUAAGGCAGCCAUAGAUGCUUUACGUUUAUGUAGACAAUCAAUUUUCCCAAAUAUCCAUCAACUGUUAAAAAUAUUAUGUAAUAUACCAGUAUCUACAUCCACUCCCGAGAGAUCAUUUUCAUGUAUGAAACGAUUAAAAACAUAUUUAAGAAACUCAAUGACUGAAAAUCGUCUUAACGGCUUAACAUUGUUGGCUGUCCAUAGAGAAAUCCCAAUUGAUGCUAAAGAAGUUCUUGAUGUGAUGUCUCAAAAAUCAAAAAAACUUGAUAUCAUUUUGUAA